UCUCUCUUUCUCGAAGCGGAAAUCGGAAAUGUGCUAAAGGAUAUACACACCGAGAUACAGAUACACGAAAUCAUGGCUGCCUGUUAUAAUGCCUAUAGCGCUGGAUCGCAGUCCUUUGAGUUCGACGAGGAUGACGACGACGCCUCCUUCGACAGUGGCUACGAGAAGAGUUUCGAGACGGAGGCCCAGCUGAGCUCCCGUCGGCGGCUGGACUUCGAUGACCGCUACAGCGGCACUUCGCCGGCUCCGGCGGUCCAGCAGCCGUACUCCGGCGCCGCCUGGGACGCCGUACCGCUCAACUCACCGCCGGCGGGAUUCGUGGGCCUGCUGGACACGAGCAGCAACCACAGCACAAGGAGCGGCAGGACUCUAGUGGAGCACCUAAACAGUCGAGCCUCCACCGCUGGCUUCGAUCCACCUUUGACCAGUACGCCCAUGAAGUCACCCGAGGAUCCGGAUGCGCCGCGACAGAAGCGCAAAUAUGCCGUCGGCAAGAACAGGGUGACACGCUCGCGCAGUCCCACUCAGGUGGUUAGGAUCAAGCGGUUCCGCCGGAUGAAGGCCAAUGAUCGGGAGCGAAAUCGGAUGCACAACCUUAACGAUGCCCUGGAGAAACUACGGGUCACACUGCCUUCGCUGCCGGAGGAGACGAAGCUGACGAAGAUCGAGAUCCUAAGGUUCGCGCACAACUACAUCUUUGCUUUGGAACAGGUGCUGGAAAGUGGGGGUUCCAUAAAUCUGGACCUGGAGAAGCUGCAGAACUUCACGCUGAGUGGUGAGAGGAUCACCAAGGAGCUGUUCGAUGCUCUGUUCGUGAACCCCCAGCCCUUUCCCAUGUUCGGAUGCGGCAGGAUGUUUCCCUAUGGCCAGGGUAUGGCUCCUCUUGCCCAGAAUCAGCCUGCGUCAGCUCCAUCUGCAGAGCAUCCUCCCCCGAUGGGGGGCUUCCAGCAGGGCAUGGACUACCCGCAGCAACAUCCACCGGGAUUUGACUUUACAGGCAGCAUGCGGUUCUACCACCAACAGCAGCAGCAGCCUCAGCCUCAUCCUCAUCCUCCUCCUCACCAUCUGCAGCCUAAUCCCCAGCAGGAGUCCAGCCCGCAGCAGUUCUCGCAGGAGAAAUACGAUCUGUUCAGGGGCUCCUUCGAUGCAGCUGCCAAUCUCCAGCCCAACAACUUGGAUUCUGGGAUUCAUCAUCAGAGCAGCUUCUACACGCAAACGCCACCCUGGAAGGAAUAUCCGGAGGAUCAGGCACAUCCGCAUGCCAUUCCACAUCCACACAGCUACAAACAGUUUGCCCCACAGGUGUAG